AGAGUAUUUGUUUAAUUAAGCAAAAUGAAAGUGUUCGUUGCCUUGGCAUUGUUUGUGGCUACGGCCUCUGCGGGUUUUGACACCCCAUCUGACCAAGCCGUCCAUCCACGUGAUUUGGCAGCUAUACUGGCGCAACCCGAAGGCAUUCAGGGUCGCAUUACCAAUGGAAAAGAAGCCACAGAGGGUCAAUUCGCCUACCAGAUUGGUUUGAGCUUCAGCAGCAGAGGCGGCGGUUGGUGGUGCGGUGGUUCUCUGAUCGAUAAUAACUGGGUUUUGACUGCUGCUCACUGCACAAGCGGCGCCACCGGUGUUACUGUUUAUCUAGGCUCUACAGUACGUACCAACCCCAAGCUGUCGUACACAGUUGACAGUAGAAAUUUCGUGCAACACAAGAGCUACAACUCGCUCACCCUUGCCAAUGACAUUUCGUUGAUUAAGAUCCCAUCUGUAUCGUACAGCCGUUACAUUUCCAAUAUCGCAUUACCCAAGAUCUCCUCCUCAUACUCCACUUACUCUGGCGUCAAUGCUAUUGCCUCCGGCUGGGGGCUCAUCAGCGACUCUGCCAUCGCUGUUAACUCAAAAUUGCAAUACGCACAAUUGCAAGUUAUUGACAACAGUGUCUGCGCCAAAACCUACGGUCCAUUGACCGUUACCUCGAAGACCAUUUGCACUGCUACGCCUAGUGGUACCUCUACUUGCAGCGGUGACUCUGGUGGCCCAUUGGUUGCUGAUGGUGUCCUCAUCGGUGUUACUUCGUUUGUAUCCCGUGCUGGUUGUCAAUCUGGCGCUCCAGCUGGUUUUGUGCGCGUCACCUACUUCUUGGACUGGAUCAGGCAGAACAGCGGCGUUGCUAGCUGAAUUUUUGUAUAAAACGGAUGACUUAAGAAAAUAAAUGAUUGAUUAAUUAUAGA